UACUUGGUGAGAGGCCUUUGCUCGGUGAAUUUUGAAGGGUCGACAUCAUUUUUUAUUUUCUACAUAUGUCAGUGUUACAGGCUGUAGAAAGAUAAUAUUUACUUGGUUUUUCUCUUUGUGGAGGAUUUCUCAACCAUUCAUCAAUUCAUCGAGUGAAAGAAAAUAUUGUCUUGAAUUGCUGAAAGAAGGCCUGUUUGAUUACUAAUUUACGCACGGCUUAUGAAGAAACAAAGUUCCGUAGAAGCAGUUAGUCGUUAGUCUGAAGACCUAAGUACCAUCAUCAUAAUCAUGAGUGAGCUAAAACCUGCUUCAGCGUUAUCAGCUUAGUUCUUGAUGUUUUAACAGAUGGGAGAUCAAACUCUUAGACAUUAGAGGUGGGAAUGCAUGGAUGUAAUUCUGGAUCGGCUGUCCUUGUAAAUGCUGAGGUUGAUUCCAUGGGAGGAGUUAUUGACGGCGGAGUUGGCAUAGGGUUGAAGACCUCUCCCCGCCAAGCAGCCAUUGAGAAGGCUCAGGCAGAGCUCAGACAGGAAUAUGAUGUUCGUGAGGAAAGAAAAAGAGAGCUAGAAUUUCUUGAAAAAGGGGGGAAUCCUCUGGACUUUAAGUUUGGGACUGCCGCUUCAGCUAGUGUCCAGUCUACCUCACUCACUGAUCAACACCAUGAGCAGUUUGUGACAAGUGAAGCAAAAGGUAGUUUUGCUUUGACGGCCUCCCCUCAUGGUGACUCUGUUGACAGUAGUGCUAGACCAGGUGCUCCCUCGGGUAGUGAACCAAAUACUGCUGAUAAUCUCGUAGUUUUGGGUAUUGAUAAAGAGUUACCUAAAGGCGAAAGGAGAUCUGCACAUCAAAGUAGAAGGAACAAUGUUACUCCGUCAGAGCAGUCUUCCAAAAUUGAUGGGAGUCAGAAUGCUAAGGACUCUGAAGAUUCUGCCAUUUUCCGCCCAUAUGCUCGAAGAAAUAGGUCCAGAACAAAUCAUGGUCCUCGGGGCAGCUCAAGGGAUGGGAAGGGGUUGGUAUCUGAAACUGGCAACUUGAAGGAACAUAAUUUGCCUUCUGUUUCUAAGCCCAAGCCUCCAAACAUAAAUGGAGAGGUAGUUACUAAAGAUAACAUUUCUAUCAAUCCGUUGGUUAGCAAAUCAGAUGGUGUCCGAGUUCAUCAAACAACUAGUGGCAAUAGCGUUCCUGAAGUUAAAUUGGAUAUCACUGCCCAAAGAAACUAUGAGGAAGAUCAGUGUACUCUACCUUCCCGAGAUGAUACUGUACAAAACCCAGUUGUCAUGGCUUCUAGGGAGACUGAUGCAGUUGAAGAAAGGGAGCCAGUAGCUGCUGCUGAUCUGGAGCCUCUGCCUAAAACUACAAAACCAGAAAACGAAACCUGUUCUGGCCAGCCAAAUGGAAUUGCCAACAUAAAAGCAGAUAAAAAGGGCAUAACGAAUGAAGAACAAAAUGGUGAUGCUGUGUUAGGUGUGACGACUUUCAACUCAGGGUCUUCGUGCACCCAAAGUAGUGUAGGUAGAGAUGUUAAUAAUGAUAGUGAUAUGUGUAAUAAUGCUAAAAAUGUUAAUGGCAAUGGCAGCACUGUGGGAAAAAUGCCAGUAUUUGAUAAGAAACCAAAUGUAACUGGCUGUGAAGUAAAAGAAAGCAGCAAGGCCAAUGCCAGUGGAGGUGGGGCUACUGUUAAUGAUGGAAAUGAUGCUGGUUGUCUAAACCAUUCUGGUAGUGGUAAUAUGGUCAAAGCCGAGCAAGAUGCUUCUGUUAAUGGUUCAUCCAUGCAAAACAAGGUGAGUGAUUUUUCCAAUAUCAAGGGACAAAAUGACAGUACUGCAUCAAAAGCUGAGAAAGAGUUAGGUGGUGUCUUGGCGGAUCAUUCCAAUUGUGUCAAGGGCAAUAGCUCUGGAAGACACCAACAGGAGCCUAUGGAUGGGUCAAAUUGUGAACUUGCUCAGGCUGUUCUGGCGGAAAAGGUUUCAACUUCUGCCUCUGACCUUCAGCCAUGUUCCAAUCACCAUUUAUUGGCGGACAAGGCACGUGAAGAUUCUAUUUUGGAAGAGGCACGGAUUAUAGAGGCCAAGCGGAAGAGGAUCACAGAAUUGUCAUCAACUCGCACUUUACCCACACAGAACCAUAGAAAAUCUCACUGGGGUUUUGUCCUUGAGGAAAUGGCAUGGUUGGCAAAUGAUUUUGCACAGGAGAGACUUUGGAAGAUAACUGCUGCAGCACAAUUGUGUCAUCGAGCUGCUUUUACCUCUCGGUUAAGAUCUGAAGAGAAAAGUAAACAUCUGGGAAUUAAAGUUUUGGCUCACAACAUAGCUAAGGCUAUCAUGCAGUUCUGGCAUUCAGUUGAGCUGCUUCUAGAAAACAAUGAUGCUAGUAUUGACUACUCUGGUGCAUUCUCAGAAUCUGAGAAAGUUGAUGUGGUAGAAGCUUCUAGGAACAAGAGAAGAAAUUCAGAUGGGGAGAGAGAUGAAUAUUUGGAGGAACAUCCCAGAAAAAACUUGGCUAAGAAAGUCCAAGCUUAUGCUUUGAGGUUUUUGAAGCAUAGUAAGCCUCAUGAAACUUCUUCUCUAGCUGAAGCACCAGCAACACCUGAUAGGAUAUCUGAUUCAGGCACUCUGGGCAUGCCAUGGGAGGAACAUCUUACAGAAGAAAGUCUCUUCUACACAGUUCCUUCUACAUCAAUGGAAGCAUACCGGAAAUCUGUUGAAUCUCAUUUCCUACAUGUUGAGAAAACUGGGAGUAGCAUGCAAGAGGAAGUUGAUACAUCUAUUUAUGACACUGCACCAGAGUUUGGGUCGGAAGAGAAUGUGUAUGAUGAGGAUGAUGGAGAAACAAGCACUUACUACUUGCCUAGUGCCUAUGAGGGUAGAAAAUCAUCAAAAUCAACCCAUAAGAAGCAUAGAAACAUGAUGAAAUCUUACCCUCCAAGGUCCUGUGAGUUUGGGGCUGAUUUGCCCUAUGGAAAUUAUACAACUGGAUUUCAGCCGUCCAUGCUACUUGGCAAAAGGCCUGCUAGCUUAAAUGUUGGGCCUAUACCACCAAAACGGGUGCGCACAGCAUCUAGACAGAGAGUUGUAAGUCCUUUCACAGCUGGGGUCCCGGUGACAGUGCAGCCUCAAGUUAAGACAGAUGCUUCGAGUGGAGAUACCAAUUCCUUUCAGGAUGACCAAAGUACUUUACAUUGUGGAUCUCAGAUUCAGAGAAAUGUGGAAGUAGAGUCAAUGGGAGAGUUUGACAGGCCGUUACCGUACGACUGUGCUGAAACGUCUGUUAAAACAAAGAAGAAGAAGAAGGCAAAGAAUCUGGGUUCUACAUAUGAUCAAGGAUGGCAGGUCGAUUCAGUUCUAAAUGAACAGAGGGAUCAUUCCAAGAAGAGAUUAGAUAGUCAUCAUUUUGAUCCUAAUGGAAGCAGUGGUAAUAUAAGUUCCCAUCCUGGUUUAUAUGCGCAACAUAUUGCAAAGAAGCCAAAGACAAUGAAGUUGACACUUGACAAUACAUUUGACAACAUUCCUACGAUGAACGGCUCUAUUCCUUCUCCAGCUGCUUCUCAAAUGAGUAAUAUGUCCAAUCAAAGUAAACUCAUUAAAAUUAUUAGUGGCCGAGAUAGAGGCCGCAAGGCUAAAUCACUGAAGAUAGCUGCUGGGCAGCCUGGCUCUGGAAGUCCUUGGUCCCUUUUUGAAGACCAGGCCCUUGUUGUCCUGGUACAUGAUAUGGGUCCAAACUGGGAGCUUGUUAGCGAUGCUAUUAAUAGCACUCUUCAAUUUAAGUGUAUCUUCCGGAAGCCAAAAGAAUGCAAGGAACGUCAUAAGAUCUUGAUGGAUAGGAGUGCUGGGGAUGGUGCUGAUAGUGCUGAAGAUUCUGGGUCUUCUCAGUCUUAUCCAUCUACGCUACCUGGAAUUCCAAAGGGUAGUGCCAGGCAGUUAUUUCAAAGAUUGCAGGGACCCAUGGAGGAGGAUACCCUCAAGUCUCAUUUUGAGAAUAUCAUAAAGAUUGGGCACAAGCAGUACUACCGUAGGAAUCAGAAUGGUAAUCAGGAUUUGAAGCAAAUAGUACCUGUCCAUAAUUCACAUGUAAUCUGUCCAAACAACCUCAAUGGAGUUCUUCUAACGCCCCUUGAUCUUUGUGAUGCAAAUGCACCAACUCCAGAUGCCCUUCCCCAGGGGUACCAAGGCUCAACUACUGGUGGUUUGGCAUUAUCAAAUCAAGCUUCUUUGCCAUCAAUGCACCCUACAUCAAGUGUGAAUUCCCCACUUCCAGGUUCUUCUGGCAUGGUACUUGGCAAUAACUUGACAUCACCAUCUGGUCCAAUUCCUGCCUCUGUUAGGGAUAUUAGAUAUGGAGUUCCAAGAACUUCGCCUUUAUCAGUUGAUGAGCAGCAGAGAAUGCAACAGUAUAGUCAAAUGAUGUCUGGCAGAAAUAUGCAGCAAGCUAACAUGUCCAUGCCUGGAUCCCUUUCUGGGAGUGAUCGUGGUGUUCGUAUGUUGCAUGGUGGAAAUGGUAUGGGCAUGAUGUGUGGCAUGAACAGAAGCAUGCCCAUGUCAAGGCCUGGGCUUCAAGGCAUGGCACCAUCAUCUAUGCUGAAUUCUGGAAACGUGCCUUCCUCUAGCAUGGUGGGGAUGCCAAGCCCUGUAAAUAUGCAUGCCGGAGUUGGUACAGGACAAGGCAACUCAAUGCUGAGAUCUCGUGAGGCUCUACAAAUGAUGAGGCCGGGCCAUAAUCCAGAACAUCAAAGGCAAAUGAUGGUUCCAGAGCUUCCAAUGCAGGUCUCCCAAGGGACCAGUCAGGGUAUCCCAGCCUUUAAUGGACUGAGUUCUGCCUUUAAUAAUCAGACAUCACCACCACCUGUCCAGCCAUACCCAGGACAUGCUCAGCAGCCACAUCAGAUGUCUCAGCAACAGUCUCAUCUCAGCAGUUCUCAUCCCCAUCUUCAAGGUACAAAUCAUGCCUCUAAUCCCCAGCAGCAAGCCAUGGCACUCCGCUACGCAAAGGAAAGGCAGCAGCAACAGCAACGAUAUCUGCAACAGCAGCAGCAGCAGCAACAGUUUGCUUCAUCUAAUACACUGAUGCCACAUGUUCAGGCACAGUCCAAACUUCCCAUGUCAUCAGCUCCACAGAACAGUUCUCAGAUUCAAUCUCAAAAUUCAUCUCAGCAAGGAGUACCUGUCUCCCCUGCAACAACAUCUCAGCAGCAGCAGCAGAAACAUCACCUGCCGCAACAUGGUUUCAGCAGGAAUCCUGGUACUAGUGGAUUGACAAACCAAGCUGCUAAACAACGGCAACGACAGCCACAGCAGCAACAAUAUCAGCAGCCCGGAAGGCAGCAUCCUAAUUCACGGCAGCAUGCACAGUCUCAACAACAGGCAAAGCUUCUGAAGGGAAUAGGAAGAGGAAAUAUGUUGGCUCAUCAGAACAUCCCGUUGGAUGGUUCUCAUCUAAAUGGCCUCUCUAUACCUCCAGGAAGCCAAAAUGCUGAGAAAGGGGACCCAGUGAUGCACGUAAUGCAAGGACAAAACCCAUAUCCUGAAUCUGGUUUAAGUUCAAAUCAACAGUCAAAGUCAUUACCUUCUGUUCAUUCCACAAACCAUUCUCAGUUGCAGCAGAAGUUGCAUCCGGCAACAACAGCUCCUUCACCAAAGCAACCUCAAUCAAUGGCAUCUGCUGAUAGUAGUGCUCAAGGACCAUCCCAUGUUUUGUCGUCACCUCAACAAGCUGUUAUAACUUCAAAUCAUCACCAGAUGCAGUUACAAUCUCAUCCUCAGUCAAAGCAAAUCAAUCAAACUCAAUCAAAUGUGCAGAGAGUGAUACAGCAGAGUCGUGCGGUACACUCUGAUUCUCCAAGCAAAUCUCAGUCGGAUCCUACUCAAGUUGAUCAGCAGCCUGCUAACAGUACUCCUGAGGUUAGUAUGAGCUCGGUGAUGACUCAAGGUUGCAUUGACUCAGCUAAUAUGGCACCUGCUGCUGUUCCUACUGCCUCUUCUCAAUGGAAAACAUCAGACCCCCCGACUGAUUCCAAUAUGCCCAAUCCAGCCAUGCAAGUGAGCUCCUUGGGGAAUGCGACUGCUGGAAAUUCAGCUGUAAAAGAGUCAUCACCACAAAUCAGUCAGCGAAUAGGCUCAAGACAGUUAUCCGCUAAUUUGCCUUCUCAUUCACAAAAUUCUGGGGCACAUUGGCCGCAGCAGCCACUGCCACUGCAGCAGUCUUCAUCACAGCCCAUCCUAUCCCAGCAGACAUAUAAGCCACAAGAACAGCAACUGCAAAAGCAACAGGAUCAAGAGAAAAAUUCACCCAAACGAGUGGCUUUACAACAUCAGUCCCAGCAGCAAAUGCAACCAGGACAAAGCAGUUUGUUCAUUCGUCCCCCAAAUUCUAGAGUGGAGUGACACAUUUCUAUUGCUGGAGCUGCCGAGAGUGGUCAGUUCUGUCAGGAAUGGAUCUGUAUGCCCUUUUGACAGCAAUGUACAGAUGAAGCUGGUUAUCCCAUCAGGACAACAGACGUCCAUUGUUUUCUGGAGGUCCUGUUUAUAAAUUCACGGAACUUAUAGUGGCAGGCAUUCCUUUAGUUUAUUCUUUUUCUGCAAAUCUUGUAUAUUACCACUGUAUUUACAUGUUAUUCCCCAACCCCCACUUUUGUUUUGUUUUGGUUUCUGGGGGAAGAGACGAAUAUAGAGGUAUGUGUACAGGCUCGUCUCUUCUUUUCCUUUAGUUGUGACCCCUCCUUUUUCUCCUUUUCCCUUGUUCUUGCUGCCUAUAUGCAGAAGAACGUAACCCUCUUCCUUUUUUGCCCCAGUAGAUUAGUGGAUGUACUAUUACCCUCUCAGAUAAAUGGGAUGGCAAUCAUUUUUCUGGGCAAAAGGCCAGUUGAAAGUAUUGUGAAUAUAAAUUUCUGGUGUAUGAAUCAGCUAAUGCUUUCUUUAAUUAUCUUGCACAAAUUA